AGGAGGCGGGUAGGGAAUAUAGUUUUGGGCUGACGCAAGAGCUCUCCUUAGUCCAACACAACCCAACAACCAACCUUACCCUUCCUUCCUUACCUAAUACCUACCCAUCCACAAUCUCCAAACUCCAAUCCACCAUGGCCGCAUCAUCUCUCACAUUCUCCAGGCUCAUCUUCUCCACCACCGCCUCCCUCUUCGCCCCCAAAACCCUCCCUUCCCGCCUCUCCCUCCGCGCCCCGAGGCCCCUCCGCCUCUCAUCCACAUCCACCAUCUCCGCCGCCCUCUCCGUCGGCGACAAGCUCCCGGAGGCCACCUUCUCCUACCUGGACGCCGAAGGAGAGGUCCAGACCACCACCGUGUCCGACCUCACAAAGGGGAAGAAAGCGGUCCUCUUCGCGGUCCCCGGCGCCUUCACCCCCACGUGCUCGCAGAAGCACGUGCCGGGGUUCGUGGAGAAGUCGGCGGAGCUGAGGGCGAAGGGGGUGGACACCAUCGCCUGCAUUUCGGUGAACGACGCCUUCGUGAUGAGGGCGUGGAAGGAGGAUCUCAAGGUAAAGGACGAGGUUUUGCUCUUGUCCGAUGGUAACGGAACGUUCACCAAGGCCAUUGGGUGCGAACUCGAUCUCAGCGACAAGCCAGUGGGCUUGGGGGUUAGGUCUAGGCGCUACGCGCUAUUGGCUGAAGAUGGCGUCGUCAAGCUCUUCAAUUUGGAGGAAGGUGGCGCUUUCACCUUCAGUGGCGCUCAGGAUAUCAUCGAUGUCCUUUGAGUUCAAUCCUUGUAAUUCUUCUUCCUCUUUCUCAACACUUUUUUUUAAUCGGUUUAGGCUUUUCUCAGUGAUGUGGAUCCCUUCGACUCAAUUCGUGUUUGUGCCUGUGCCAAUAAUAAUAAUAUAACAAUGUCCUUGAGACUUGGUUUCUUCAAAAUGGUUUUAUUCAGUAACUAAUAACUACUAUACAAUGAAGUUGAUCAUGAUUGUUAAGCUUUGCCUUGUGUCUUGUGUCAUGUGUCUUGUGUCAUGUGUCAUGUGUCCUGACCUUUUGAAUUUAGAAAGGUGGAGAUCGUAUUACUACCUGUUGUAAGACUAGGACAUAUGCUUCACUUUUUCUGUUCAAAUCAGGAUGUGGAAAACUGGCUAAUCAAAUGAUUGCUUAUAUUAAA